AUGGUUCAAGCGAGUAAAAACGAUAUUUUAACUAUAGGCAAAGUCUUAAAUGACUCUGCCAGACCUCUAAAAGAGAGAUUUCGUGCUCUAUUCACUCUGAAGAAUAUUGGUGGUGCAAUGGCAAUAGAUCAGAUUCAUGCAUGCUUCAAAGAUUCGUCGGUGUUGUUGAAACAUGAGCUUGCGUACUGUCUAGGUCAGAUGCGGGAUCCUGCAGCCAUUAGUAUUUUAACAAAUGUCCUGGAGGAUUUAUCACAGGAGCCGAUGGUACGUCACGAAGCUGGAGAAGCACUGGGUGCUAUCGGUGAGUCAAGUGUAAUUCCAUUGCUGGAAAAGUAUUGCAAAGAUCCUAUACCUGAAGUAGCAGAAACGUGUCAAUUGGCCCUAAAUCGAUUGAGAUGGUUAGAAUGUAAUAGCAAUGCAAAGGACUUACAAAAAAAUCCAUAUUCAACUAUUGAUCCUGCACCACCAGUGGAAAUAACAGAUGUAAAAGUCUUAAGGGAUAUUUUGUUAGAUGAAAGCAAGUCAUUGUUUGACAGAUACAGAGCAAUGUUCUCACUGAGAAAUUUAAGUACCAGAGAGAGCAUUUUAGCUCUUACUGAAGGUCUAAAGACUGGUAGUGCUCUGUUCAAGCACGAGGUAGCGUUUGUAUUAGGACAACUUCAAGACGAGGCAUCUGUGCCAGGAUUGCAAGCAUCAUUGGAAGACAUGGAAGAAAACGAGAUGGUCAGGCAUGAGUGUGCAGAAGCUUUAGGUUCCAUUGCUACUCCUGAGUGCUACGAGAUAUUGAACAGAUACCUCAAUGAUAGUAAAAAAGUUGUUCAUGAGAGUUGUGUUAUCGCUUUGGACAUGUGCGACUAUGAGAACAGUACAGAAUUUCAGUAUGCUGAUACGUUGACCAAGCUUUCUACUGUGUGAAGAGUUUUAUUUAUAU